GUUUGGGAAAAUGACCCACCUAAUGACUUCAUGUUAAUGGUCUAUAUAAGUCCAGAGAAAACCAGGCUGCUGCAGAGUGCACUCGGAGCUGAUCCAAGGGAAAAACUGCCUCUAAGAGCACUAAUAUUGGGUGAGCACCCCAGCUAUGUCACAGGCAGCCCCCGUGAAAAAGAAGCGUCCUCCAGUGAAGGAGGAAGAUCUCAAAGGGGCUAGAGGAAAGCUCUCCACCAACCAGCAGAUUAAAUCCAAAACCUACCAAGUCAUGAAGCAAUGUGAACAAGAGGGCUCUGUGGCACCUUCCAUAUUCAGUCAAGAUCGGACAGGAGGGGAAACAGCCUUUGAGAAGCCUAAAGGAGAGCCACCGAAGAGCAUCUUUGACUGAUAACCAAGUUUAACCUGUGUGACAAAGAUUCCUAAUGUAACACUUAAUCCCAAAUUGCUGUCGCUUAUACUAAACUUAUUGCUGCACUAGUAAAUCAACUUAAUUCUUUCAAAUUAGUCAUUAAUUAAGAGGAUUCAUUUUGUAGGCUACAACUUCUUUUUCAGGGGCAGCUCCAGGCCCCAGCACGCCAAGCAUGUGCUUGGGGCAGCAUGCCGCGGGAGGUCCGCUGAAGCCACGGGACCAGCGGACCUCCCGCAGGCAAGCCGCCGAACGCAGCCUGCCUACCAUGCUUAGAAAUGCCUAGAGCCACCCCAGUUCCUUUUAUAAGUUUAAGUAUUUUCUUUCUUUAUUGUACAUGCUGUAAUGGUUUCAGUAAGAACCUAGUCACUGGACACAGGCUGGCAUAGUAAUGACCAAUUUCUACUUAAAUGACGUAUGUGGUUUUUUUUUAAGACUUAUGUUCCAGACCUGUGAUCUAGUUAAAUUUCGAUAUAAUCUUAAGUGCAAAACAAGUAAAAUAAACAAGUGAUAUGGAUUUGAUUUCAAUACAAUCCCUUCUAACUGUAAAUGUUUUUAUACUAUUGCUAUUUUCACAGUUGACCAUGUAAUUUUGCAAAAACAUGAUAAAAGACUUCAUUUUUA